GCCUCCCCCCGCCCUCCCCGCCCCGCGCUCGCCCCGGUCCUCCCCCCGCCCCGGCGCCGUUUCCCCCGCAGCCGGGCGGGGGAGGAGGAUGGAAACACCCUUCUACCAUGAUGAUGUGUUGAGCGGCCUCGGCAGCGGCUUCGCUCCGUCCUCCGGCAGCAACGGGCUCCUCCUGCCUUUCCCCGGCGGCAGCAUGAUGAAGAAGGACGCGCUCGGGAUGGCCUUACCGGAACAGGUGGCGGCGGCGCUGAAAGCCCCCGGCGCGGCCAGCGGCGAGGCGGCGGGGCUGCUGGGCUCGGCCGAGCUGGGGCUGCUCAAGCUGGCGUCCCCGGAGCUGGAGCGGCUCAUCAUCCAGUCCAACGGGCUGGUCACCACCACCCCGACCAGCGGCCAGUUCCUCUACCCCAAAGCGGCGGCCUCCGAGGAGCAGGAGUUCGCCGAGGGUUUCGUCAAGGCGCUGGAGGACUUGCACAAGCAGAACCAGCUGGGCGGCGGCGCGGCGGGGAGCGGCGGCGGCGCGGGCGGCGGCGGCGGGGGAGGAAGCGGCGGCGCGGGCGAGCUGCCCGCCGCCGGGAUGGCCCCGGAGCCGCCGGUCUACGCCAACCUCAGCACCUACCCGGCCGUCAGCUACGCCGCCGACCCCGGCCCGUUCGCGGCGCCGCCGCCGCGGCUGCCUCCGCCGCCGCCCCCGCCGCCGCUAAAGGACGAGCCGCAGAUCGUGCCGGAGGUGCCGAGCUUCGGGGAGAGCCCCCCGCUGUCCCCCAUCGACAUGGACACGCAGGAGCGCAUCAAGGCGGAACGGAAGCGGCUGAGGAACCGCAUCGCCGCCUCCAAGUGCCGCAAGAGGAAGCUGGAGCGGAUCUCCCGGCUGGAGGAGAAGGUGAAGAGCCUCAAGAGCCAGAACACGGAGCUCGCCUCCACCGCCAGCCUGCUCCGCGAGCAGGUCGCCCAGCUCAAGCAGAAGGUGCUCAGCCACGUCAACAGCGGCUGCCAGCUCCUGCCCCAGCACCAGCACCAGGUGCCGGCCUACUGACCCCGGGCGGGCCCCAGCCCGGGCACGGACCGAGGGGUACCGGGGGAGCGCCCGCCCUGUCCCGGCCAUGGACCGAGGGGAGCGGGGGAAGCGCUCAUCGAGCCCCGGGAACGGACCGAGGGGUCCCGGGAACGGACUGAGGGGAGCGGGGGAAGCGCCCGCUCUGUCCCGGGAACGGACCGAGAGGACCGAGGGGAGCGGGGGAAGCGCCCGCCUUAACCCGGGCACGGACUGAGGGGUCCCGAGGAGAGGAAGAAGAGCGAUGAUCGCCCUCCAUCUCCCCGGACACGGACCGAGGGCUCUGAGGGGAGAGAACCGGGACCGGCUCCGGACGGCGGGCCCCGAGCACGCCCCGCUGCCCGCGGAGGAGGGAGCGGCCGGGGGGGUUCCCCGCCGCGCACGGACUGCGAGGGGCUCGGGCCGCCCCCCCCGGGCCCCUCCGCGCCCCACACAUUCCAGUGAGGUCCCAGUAAAGCCCCGCGAC